GUUUUAACACUGACCUCGGUGACAGGUAGCGUGCUGUAGGCAGUGAGGAGUUUGUGUUUUAAUGAACAACUUUAGAAUUCAUGGAACUAUAAGACACAAUGUUCAAAGCUGACGGUAACUGGCGUUUUUGUGAAGGAUGGUUGGACCAUAAAGGAAAACAGAGUCGAGGUUACGACAGGCUAUGGUGCGUUUUGAGUUGAUAAGUUUUUCUUUUUGUAUUUCAGAGUCGAGGUUACGACAGGCUAUGGUGCGUUUUGAGUUGAUAAGUUUUUCUUUUUGUAUUUCAGAGUCGAGGUUACGACAGGCUAUGAGUCGAGGUUACGACAGGCUAUGGUGCGUUUUGAAGGAUCGAACCAUCCACAUUUUUAAGGAGAAAGAUAACAGGAACGAAGACACGGUGGUCGGAAGCUUGACCAUCGACGAUAACACGGAAUGCAAAUAUACAGAGAGCGACAGAGAUGGAUACAAGUUUGAGCUGCACACAAUUGGACCUUACAAAACCACACGUGCAAACAGAUUUAAGACCAGGAAGAAGGUGGAGCGAGAAAUGUGGCGGGCUUACAUCGUGGGAUUGUCUAAAGGCAGAGUCCCCAAUGACCUAGAUUUGUUGGACAGUCAAGUUGACGAAUUAAAGCCUUCAUCCGCGAAGAAGCUCUUAGAAUCAGUGGUGCUGAAUCCGUCUCUCUCGGGGGCGGAUCUAGGCAUCAAGCACUGCAGAAAAGAACCUCCAUGUCACGGUCAGAGGACAGCGGGUUUGAGGCCGCUAGUUCACACCCUAGAUCUCUCGGAAGUCAACGUUCCUCGUCUUCCGGUUCCAGGGACACAAUCAGUGGGGGCGGAGGGGGGCCUACAAUGUUGGUUUUUCUCGAUCUGCAAUCGGGAUUUAGCAGAGAAAGUAUUGGUUAAUAGUGGUCAAUAUGGGAACACACUAAUGCGAGAAAGUUCAUCUCAAAAGUCCAGCGGAAGUUACGUCAUCAGUAAAAUAGGAAAAAUUGACGGCGAAGUAAGAAUAGAGCAUUUUGAAGUAGAGCGCAUCGACAGGGGCUACAGAAUUAAGGUGGAAAAUGAUCAUGAGCCGCAAAAGAAUUUAGUGGCCGUAAUGAACACCUUCCGGUUUAUAGCGGGGUAUGAAAACACGAUUCCCAUGAAGACGAACGAUCUGUCAGAACUUGGACUGACCGAAGAGGACGCCAACCCUUAUCAUCUGAAGAGGAUUGAAAGAGAACUUCCGGCUAUAUCCAGAGAGCUUCCGGAACCUUUACCAGAUUAUGAGGAACCUAUGCAACGUCCCAAAACGUUCAACCCAGGGAUCCUGAAAAAGGAGAAAGCCAUGUAUGAGAGAAAGACUCGCCAACGUUACGAUGGUUUCAGCACAACAAGAAGUUCAUUUGUAGACAAAUAUAGUAAACCCACAGCUCGAACCCCUUCCCCACCCGAGUUUGAUCCACCAGCACCUCAUCGAGAAUCCGUCUACUACAACGCACCAGACAGCGACACAGUUACGUCAUCCCUCCAGAACCCACAUGUCCAAAUUCCUUCCACACCAAGCCCCCCACCCCCACAUCCUCACACCCCCGGUUCUCGGGCAUACUACAAUGAAGAGGAAUUCAAAGAUCUGAAAGGAAAAGAGCCAUACCGCAAAAGGUCAAUGUCGGUUCCCAAUGUAAAGUACCCAAUGCCAGCUGUACCAAUAGAGAUAGAUUUUGAGCAACCAGCUGUCAGAGACGUAGCUCCUCCUAAAUCAGUGGUUCCUAAUGCCCCACCACCACCCACAACCAUAGCGCCCCCGCCGCUAGUCGUCACCAGCCCAACCCAAAAGACGCCUGCCUCAAUUCUGAAGACUGACAAAAGAUCUCUACCCUCAAUACCUCCAACACCUAAUGAAGAACCUCGCAGCAGCAUAGAGACGACAGCUCUGACCGCAGCACAGCUGGGGCUCAAACCAACCAAAACAAACCAGAGGGCGACACCAAGUGCUUCCAGUGGCUUCCCCCAGUCGGAUUACGUGCCAACCCCCCAACAACUGGGUCUCCGUCCCGUAAAAAACGUUAAUAAAAAGGACGAAUUAUCAACCAAAGAAUAUGAGGAAGCUAAGUCUAUCCAGGACAUACGUCGGAGGUUCGAGAAGAAAAUUCCACCAUCUACCGCCCCCAAACCCACGACGAAAGCGCGACCCAAGGACAACAAACGCCAUUCUGUUUCUUCUCUCUCACUAACAAAUUUUCCUCAUCAUGUGAGCAACGAGAUCAAAAACAUUAGUCCACAUCGCUUUACUAACAAAUCUCAAAAACCAUCCUUACGUCACAGUGCACCUGUAAUGCACGUGAAUUCUCAGGAAUAUAGUAAUUUGAGUGACAUUGAAACGCUUAAAACUUCAGAUGAAGAAGAGGAGGAAACCUACAAUGACGCAAUAUCUGUCGCACUCCCGAAAAGGUCUUCAUUUAUCAGGAAACUAGAACAGCAGAUCGGUGUCCCGGCGGUAGGCCCGAUGGGCUCUCCUAAAGUCCCGGAAAUAAAGCCCAUGACGGAGGAAGAGGAACAGUUCUAUGACAGUUGUAACUGAAAUGUUUACCUACCUGUGAUACAAGAACUUUUCUAUGAAUCAUUUAGAUCUACUCUGAUUGAUACAUGUAUAAUUGGAUAUGUUAUGAUUUACAUCAGUUGUUAGUAUAGAGUUACUAAACGUUUUGUGUUUUAACGUAUCUCAAUAAAUGCUCAAGAAUUUUUUUUUCCGAUCAAAAUCUUUAUAUCAUGUUUUAUAUUGUAUGAUAUUUUUAGAUAUGUUUUUAAACAGGUAUUAUCAUUUUAGAUAUAGAUAUUAACCUACAUUUUGAAAUACUUCAGUUUAGAUAUGGAAUUCCAUCAUUUUGCCAAUUUACAUUGUAGAUGAUAGAUUUGUAUAUAUAGACGUUGUAGAUUCUCACUAAUGAUACAUGGUUUCCGAUAUUACGAUUCCCAGCACCUGAAGUCUGUGAUAAUGUUGUGACGGACAGUAUUUUCUAUGCCAGUUCUACAAAACUCAUUUUGCUUACCGUAAAUAACUGCAACAACGCCAGUAUCCAAACAAUGGUCACCUCUAGUAUGUCGUUAUAAUGACUCUUCUGUUUUGUUCAUUUUACAUUAUUUAUACAUAUUAUAUGCAAUGCUUUAUAAUUGGAUAUGGACUUUAUUAUCGAGUGAGACAUAUAGAUAUUUUGUUUUUUGUUUUUAUCAUACAUUUUCUUGAGUGCUUCUCACUCAUUAAAAUAUAAAACAAAUCCUGUCUUACAAGUGAAAUAAAUUCCAUAUCUAUCUACAAAGCAUGGAAUUUUCUGUUUAUUACAAUUUCUUUGGUUUUAGAACAUAUUCAAUUCUUAGAGGAUGUCACAAUCAGUUAACAUGAUGUCAUAAUCAGUUGUUAUUUUGACACCGUGAAAAUAAAGUGUUUCACACCAAGAAAAAAUGAAUAAAUUACUAUACUUCACUUGUUAUAAAUAUAUAUACGUUUUACAACGUGUCAUAUUUUAUUUAAAUAUUUUACCUCUAUAUAUAUAAAGCACAGAAAUAGCAAUGAACUCUUAAAUGAACAUAACUGCCCUAAGUGAAGAAAUAUUUAAUAGAAAGCACAGAAAAUUUCGCUUUAUUUGGAUUCCCACUUCCGCCCCUACCCGGAGUUGAACUCACGACCUGCGGAACCAAAUCUCCUAGCAGCAUGUAAUCAGCGCGCUAGACCGCUCGACUAUAUAUAUAUAUAUAUAUAUAAAUAAAUGUGUACAAAUCACUAUUUGUAAAUUGCCUAACAUUUAAUUAAAAUCGGAUGAGGAUUUGUAUGAUGUAGCAUAGUACCAACCAAAGAUAUGUUCUAUUUAAAACACUGCACAGUUUCCUUUAUAAUGCAAGACCCAUUAGUUGUUACGUGACAAUAUUUUGUUAGAUAUUGUUCGAGAACUAAAAGUUUUAUUUUGUAGUUAUUAAACAUUUUUUUAUCAUCAUAUUAUUAGAUAUCAAUAUUUUAAUUAAACGAGGAUUAUAUUUUUUUAUCUGUUUUAUGUUUAAAGUAUAUAGACAGACCAGGUAACCUAUGGAUUGUUUCUUACAGAAACGAUUCAAGCAAGCAGAUCUGCGACAUUCAAUUUCGUGUUUUGAGGAAACUCGAUGAUUUAAGAUUUGUAAUUUUGUAUUGUAACCAAAGAUAUGUCUCCGUUAUGAUCAAUAUUCAUGAAUUGUAACUGUCUUUAUAUUGCUUUGGAGCAAAUGUUCCAAUAACUUAAUAAAAGAGAAGAUUAAACACGAA